AUGCACCAGUUCAUCGGAAAGUACCUGCCUAUGAGCCACUUGAUCGAUGCCCACAUUCUCGGCUACCCCACGCACAUCAUCAUGGAAAGAUCAACGGGUAAAACCAUGGAUUGCUACAUGGAAGUCAAGUCGCCUGAGAUGGCUGCGGCAGACUGGGAACAUGCCUUUGGAACGAAGCAGAUGCGGAUCCCCAAGAUCGGCCAACGCAAUGUUGAAGUCAGCCUUAGCAGUCAGGCAGAACUUAUGAAGGACAUUUUUCCCCGUGCGAAGUGCAUCUUGUGGGAUAACGAUGGGAAUGGCACUCCGAAGCUCAUUCCAAACCGUGAUGUGUACUCAUCUGGCUUCAAUGGCUUCAUCACCACCGAGGAACUCACGUGUAUGGCUCGCCAUGCUGAGACGCCGCAACGUUCGCAGUUCGCUGCUCGAAGCAUGCAUCGUGCGUAUGAGUGCAUGAUCUCCACGGCCUACAAGUUUCCAUGGUACGCUGCAUCGCUGUACACAAUGCGCCACGUCCUGGAGAUCUUCAAGACAUACAAGAAACAACUCGACACCCUGAUCGGGAGACUGACUUCACCGGGCAUGCAACGUGAAGUUGGCCUCGACAACAAACUGCUUAUGGAUUUGAUCUUUGCUGGGCUCAACACUCCUGGAUUCUCAGAACGUCAGAAAGGCCUCAUUGCCGAUACCUGCAUCGUCCUUGGUACUGGCUUCCCAGUUUCCAAGCAUGCGCGCACCUGGCCUUUUCAGACUCUUUCCGUUCAUCCCCACCAGCUCUCGGAUCAAGACGUCGCCAUGUGGCUGGACGUUUUCGCUAUUGGCGUGAACGUCAUGGAAAACCAGGGUCGACCGUUCAUUGGCAUCUCUUCCUAUCUUCGGGUCAUUCGCGACAGCGAUGGUCAUGUCCUCUUCGUGCCGACCGAACAAGGCCUUGACUUGAAGAGAGCUCAGUUUGCCAUCCUGGAGAAGAAAAUGGUGCUCGAUAUAAUGGAUUACGGCUGGAAUGUCUAUCUCCCGCAGAUGGGCAUUGACCCCACGACCAUCUUCGAUUCCCCGACCACCCAGGCCAUCAAGAACAGCUUGGCCGAAGACUCCGCUCCCUUCAAUCCCGUUGCUUCUUCUGGCUCUACCGGCAAUAGCACGACAUUCGCGGAGACUGGCGCAUACAUCGUCGACGACAGUGGACAUCGUGAGCCAGCCAGCAACAAUGCUGCUUCUGACAAUAUUGAAGAUGACUUUGAGUUUAUUCAAGCCGGAGCCACGGGUGUGAGCAGCGACUCUUUCAGCGACCCUGAGCAAGCACUCGCUGCAAUGCGGCAAGUCGUUGAUCAAGUCCGUGAGGCUCCGCCGGCUGAGCAAGACGGCCAUACCAACCUUGGUCGUGCCGACUUCAGCCCCGAAGCCAAUGAUCCUGGUCCCGGGCAGAACGAAAUGGUCCCCAACAAUGUCAGCAAUGCUCCUGUAGCUCGCUAUGUGCCGCCAGCUCGACGCACUAGCAGUUACGGCGCCCUUCUGCCUGCACCCCAUCUGCCUGCACCCAACCUGGAUCCAGAGUCUCCACCGUUUGAACCGACUCGUGCUUACCCACACCAUCUUGGACAUGCUCAAUACCUGCCUGUGGCAACCGCUUUCGCCGGACCCGGCCUUGGUAACGGCGACUUUACGACAUCUCCACCACGCAUCAGCACUCGACGAGUUUCAAGCAUCAACAGCAACAAUGGUAGUGACAAGGGUAAGGGAAAAGAGCCAGCUCUGAGUGCUCCUGCUGCUGGUGUUCGUCUCCAACCUGCUCCGAUCCUAGGACAACCCGCUUCAAUCCUAGGACAGCCUGCUCCGAUCCUAGGGCAACCCGCCACAAUACUUGGUGCCACUUUCGGUUCCUCUGCUGGCCAGGGACAUGCAUUUCCACAUGGUCAGAUCCUGACUUAUGGUCAACCGCGGGGCGUGACCAACCAGUACAUCUAUGGGUUGGCUGCUCACGCUGCACAGCGCCGUGGUAUUGCAAUGCGUGAUCCCAACAAUGGCAAUGUUCUCAGCACCUUACGUCCAGCUGCUCCUAUCGAACCCACCGCUGGUAAUGUCACUGCAGGCAUUGGCGGUGGAUCGAUCCUGCCAGGCACUGGUCUUCCUCUGUACCAUCCACGCACUCGUCCCAGCAACUCUGUUGCCCCAAACCACGGCACGGACGGCACAGGUCGAACCUUUGACGACACACUGGACGAUUGGUUCGAAGAAACCACCGAUGAACCUACCCGCAUGGCUAUCCUCGCAGGCAUGAACAUGCGCACCGCCUCAGCGACUACUCUUGUUCCGCCGAGCACCCCUCCUCCAGCAUAUGCUAUUCCCAACUCGCGCCUUCGACGUUCUCCGGGCCGUGAGCACCUGCACACCACGUACGAGUUCGACGAGGAUCUGCACAUGAGUCAGGCGGAGGGAAUGCCAUUCGGUCGCCUACCCCCUUCGAUGCCUACCACUUCGGCUCCUCCCUUCGGCUCGUCGACCAGCACACCAAGCACACCAGCUGGCGGCCCCUUGCGCACUCCGAUCCAGAACCUUCCUCGUACGCCGGUGGCCGGGCCAUGCCGCAGCGCAGCUAUCCCGGCAGAUCCAGACAGCUCAGGCGGCGUGCGCUCCUCUCGCUCUCUCAUCCGAGAUAGCUGGACUAUCAGGUCUCCUGCCGACAACGUCCGUGGCCGUCAGUUCGGGGUUAUCGGUGAUGGGUCGCCUCUGCGACGCAGCAAUUCCAACAUUGGUGGAAGAGCAGGUCCUCUGGCUGCUGCUACGGCUGCAUCGUCUUCUGCUCCGGUGUCUUCACCGCCGUCGUUGCCGCAGCUCUACACGACCACGGAGACGACGGCGCAAGAACAUGCACGUCGCGUCGCGAUGCACCGUGAGCGCAUGCUCCGUCAAUACAUCAUUGACGAGGAGGAGGACAGUGAUUGA